GGGGUAAUUUCAGGUGGCAAGGAGAUCAAAACUACGAUCGGAGAGGCCAAACUCAGUGGGGAUGUAACUGUGGAGAUAAGCGGCGAGAUAAAAGCAGCAAAAAUGUCGAAUGAUCAAGUCUUGAUACAAAAGGUGCUACCAGAAACGGACAUAAUAGCAAUACAAGAAAGGGACUUAAACGUACCACAGUAUGAAAUACAAUUAACGAAACGAAAAACCGAAGAGAGAGAAGAAAAUGAAGACCGAGUGAAAAUUCAUCAACAGAAUAAAUCCCAACCUAUUAAUAUCAAGAUGCCGAAAUUCAAAAAAAGUAAAAUCAAAGAUGGCGAAAGAGCGGAAUUGGAGAGUUCGGAGUUGAAGGUAAACUUGGAAGUGCCGAGUGUGGAGUUGGGAAUGCCUGAAGGUGGUGUGGAUGUAGAUGUGCCGAGUGGCAAGGUGGCAUUGGAGAAGGAGAUGAAAUCGCCACACUUCUCCUUCAAAAUGCCGAAGAUAAAGAUGGGAAGUGGCAAGGUGAAGAAGCCGAAGGUGGAAUUAAAAUCGCCAGAGUUGGAAGGACAAGUUGACGUUGAGGCCCAUAUCGUACCUACAUGUGUCGUAAAAACACCUUCUGCGAAAAUGCCCGAAACAUAUUUGGAUGUUGACUUAGGUGGUGUGAGUGCAGAAUUGCCUGAAGUGGAUGUGAAGGCAGGCAUUCCUCCGGUAGAGAUGCAGGUGUCAGUUCCAAAGCCUGAAAUGGAAAUGGAGAUGCCAAAGGCGGAAGUGGAUGUGGACCUACCGAGUGGCAAGGUGGCUGUGGAGACGGAUGUGCAUGCACCGGACUUCCACUUCAAGAUGCCAAAGUUGAAGUUUGGUGGCAAAGCGAAGACUCCGAAGGUGGAAUUGGAGAGUCCGGAGUUGGAGGCCAACGUGGGAGUGCCGAGUGUGGAGUUGGAAAUGCCAGAAUGCCAGGUGGAUGUAGAUGUGCCGAGUGGUAGGGUUGCUGUGGAGACUGGUAUGCAUGCACCUAAUUUGAAUGUUGCUCUCUCUUCUGCUCUUCGUACUGAUGCCUACGCGAAGGAUUCUUUUGAUGUUAUUGAGAAAGACCUGAAUUUCCCGUCAUACACUGUUCGGCUUUUUAAGGAUAAUGCAUCUGCAAUCGCUAGCGCUGUCUCCCCGUCUCCAGGCGUCCAUGGCCAUCUUGCUAAUUUUGAAGAUAGAGACCGCAAGAGUUGGGGAAUGGGCGAUCCACCUGCUAAACCUCUAAGGGAGUCUGUUUUUCCAGAUAGAGAUAAGCGCAAUGUGAUUAAUAUUGGAACAGACGGCAUUGAUGGAACUUUUCAUUCACCUAAUGCUUUCAUUUCUCCCUCUGGUGAAGUAUGCGCAGCUUCUCCUUCUCCUAGAGAAGUUGCACCUUAUCCAUCAUCAUCUGAUAUCACGGUCUCUGAACUAGAAAGCUCCUCACAGGGUGAAAGUAUGCCCAUAUCUCCUCGCGAUUUUUAUGCCCAUUCAGCUACACCCGAAUUUAAGCGCGUUACAGAUGCUGAUGCCAUCGAGGAAGAAGGUACUAAGAAGAAGAAAAACAUGUUUGAUUGGUUUCACCUGAGUUGGCGUCGAAGUAAGCGAAGGAAAUCUGCAAUUAGUACAUCAAGUGGUGUUGAAGACGGUCGUUCACCUUCUACUACCGGU